ACCAUUUGCCCACUGACUUGUCAUCUUGAGUAUUGAGUUUAGUGGGUAGUGCCAAAGACAAAAACGUCAGUCAAGUAAUGCUGGAUUAAACUGUUGUUGCCGUUACCCGGUCCAGCAGGAGGUAAACAAAAUACCCUUUAAAUUGAUUUUGAUUCAUUUGGUUGAAAUGACAUCUAGCAAUUUGGCAAACCGCACUUUCAAAACAUUAAUACAGCCCAGGAGCUUUCAACUUACUCGGUUUUGAAGGCGCUAGUAGACCUCGUUUCAUUUUCUAUUAAUAGCAGUGGGGGAUCAGCCAUGUAGAAAAGCCGACAGGGUACAGAACAAGUACUUUUAUGGGGAAAAAAAACUGAGCGUGGAAAAUAGGUGGCUUGGUUAUUUUGCAAAUGUCCACAUAUUCGGGUAGUGUUUUCUUACAGCGAAUGCCUUGCCGAUGAUGACUGGUUCCUAAGAAAUGAAUAUUAACCAGAGCACACUUGACAUUGAGAUCUUUUCACUCCUGUUAUGGAUGGUUGCUGCCGACCAUGGGCUUCAGUGUAAGGCUAAACUUGUCUAUCAGGUCAGCUCCUCACGUCACCAUGUUGAUCUUUGAAGCAGAGCUAUAUUAAGGAGAGAUUAGACGAACAAAGGGAAGGAUUUCUUCUGGCUGCGGGCAGAACACACAUUUUGUGACAUUUUGUGGAGCGGGACAUUGCCCAAGUUUCAGAACUGCGCUGUGUCCAACUGGAGAAGGCACAACGUGAGCUGGAGCGGCAACUAUCUGGCCUGUCAGACCGUUUGGAAGAAGGGGAGGUCCGUUCAACUCAGCUGGCUCUCCACAGAGACAGGAUGGAGGAAGAAUGUAACAGCCUCAGACAAGACUUGGACCAGUUGGAGGGUGCCCUUAUUGCGUGUGAGCGGGAUAAAGAGCAAGUUAUAGAGGACCUGCACAGCGAGGAGGAGAAGGUGGAUCUAUUGACACAACAGAAAAUGCAACUAGAGAAGCAGGUGGAAGAUCUAGAGUAUCAGCUGGAGCAGGAGCGCUAUCAGCGUGAAGAGCUGGAGAAGAACAGUGGGAAGGUGGAAGGCGACAACCUGUGCGCUCAGGAGACUUUGGAAGCAGCGGACAAGACAAGGAAUGGCCCAGAAGACAUCAUCAAAAGGAUGGACAUGGAUAUAAGCAGUACCCGCUCCAAGCUUGAAGCUGAAGAAGCCCUCCGCAGUGGACUGCAGAAGAAGAGCAAAGAACUGCAGGCCCGCAUUGAGGAGCUUGAGGAGGAGCUGGAAGCUGAACGGGCCAUAAGAUCAAAGGUGGAGAAACAGAGAGCAGAUUUAGGCAGGGAACUAGAAGAACUCACAGAUCGACUGGAGGAAGCAGGCGGGGUCACCGCCUCGCAGAUGGAGAUGAACAAGAAGCGAGAGGCGGAGCUCCAACGUCUGAGACGAGACCUGGAAGAGUCAUCUAUCCAGUCAGAGACGUUUGCCGCAACCAUGAGAAAGCGCCAUGGCGAUGUGAUUGCGGAGCUAAGUGAGCAGUGUGAGGCUCUCCAGAGGACCAGGGCCAAAUUGGAAAAGGAGAAACAGAACUUGAGAAUGGAAGUCGACGAUCUGUCUACUUCACUAGAAGGUCUACAGAAAGCCAAGAUGUCCUCAGAUAGCCAAAUAAAGAAAUUGGAGGAGCAGCUCUACGAGGCCAACCGGAGAGGAGAUGACCAACAGAGGACACUCACUGAGCUCACCGUGGCUAAGAACAGACUCACAGCUGAUAACACAGACACAAGUCGACGACUGGCGGAGGCUGAGAACAAAUCCGGCCAGCUGAGUCGGACCAAGUCUCUCCUCCAAUCUCAGCUUGAGGAACUGAAGAAACAGCUGGACGAGGAGGUCAAAUGUAAGCAGGCGCUCGGCGCGAGUCUGGGCUCGGUUCGGCAGGAGUGCGAGGGGCUCAAGGAGCAACUCGAGGAGGAGCAGGAGAGCAAACAAGAGCUGCAGCGGCUCGUCUCCAAACUCAACAGCGAGGUGACGCAUUUGAGGACCAAACACGAGGCGGACUCCAUCCAGUAUGCCGAAGAGCUGGAGGAAACCAAGAAAAAACUGGUACUGCGGCUGCAAGAGGCAGAGGAGGCAGCGGAGGCCACGCAAGCGAAAUGCUCCUCUCUGGAGAAAACCAAACAGAGGCUCCAGGGGGAAGUGGAGGAACUGUGCAUGGACCUGGAAAAGGCGAGCGGAUGCGGACAGGCUCUUGAUAAAAAGCAACGGCUUUUAGAAAAGCAACUGGGAGACUGGAAGCAGAAAUGCGAGGAGCUGGUAGCCGAGGUGGAGGGCUGUCAAAAGGAGAGCAGGCAACACACGGGCGAGCUUUUCAAACUGAAGACGGUGCAUGAAGAGUCUUUGGAGCAGCUGGAAGCUCUACGAAGGGAGAACAAGGUCUACCAAGAGGAGAUUGCGGAUCUCACAGACCAGCUCUCAGAUGGAGGCAAGAGUGUCCACGAGCUCCAGAAGGCAAAGAAGAAGAUCGAGAUGGAGAAAGAAGAAUUACAGGCUUCGCUGGAAGAAUCCGAAGCGGCUUUAGAGGCUGAGGAAACCAAGUUACUGAGGUCGCAGCUGGAGUUAUCUCAGACAAAAUCAGAUCUGGAGCGCAGACUUCAAGAGAAGGAGGAAGAGAUUGAUGCUGCUCGAAAAAGCCACCAGAGGGCGCUAGAAUCACUGCAGGCCACUUUGGAUGUGGAGAUUAAAGGUCGCAUGGAGGGAGCAAAGCUCAAAAAGAAACUCGAGGCGGAUGUGGCUGAAAUGGAGCUUCAAGUGGAUCUCCUCACCAAGAGCAACACCGAAUUCACCAAGAGCAGUAAAAAGAAUCAGCAACAGAUCAAGGAGCUCCAGGCUCAGCUUGAGGAGGAGGUGAGGGCCCGCGAGGAGCACAAGGAUGAGAUGGCGGCCUUGGAGAGACGUUGUGCGCUACUGGUCAGUGACGGUGAAGAGACUCGUUCCGCCCUGGAGAAUACAGAGAGAGUUCGCAAAGCCUUGGAAGUGGAGUUGCAGGAUGCCAACGAAAAAUACAGCGAUCUCAACAACCAGCUCCAGUCGGUUCUGAGUGGGAGGAGGAAGCUGGAAGUGGAUAUCCAAGCUCUGCAGCAUGAGCAUGAUGAGCUCCAAGGAGAGCUGAGAGGAUCGGUAGACAAAUCCAAGAAGGCCAGCUGCGAGUUGGCCAGAGUGGGGGAGGAGCUACGCCUGGAGCAAGAGCACACCAUCCAUCUGGAGAAGGUGAAGAAAAGUCUCGAGGCUCAGGUGAAAGACAUGAGCGCCAAGUUGGAGGAGGCGGAGCAAAUGGCACUAAAAGGUGGCAAGAAGAUCAUCCAGAAAUUGGAAGGAAAGGUGAAAGAGUUGGAGCUCGAACUGGAGUCCGAGCAGAAGCGACACGGCGAGACGGUGAAGACUCUACGGAAGAAUGAGCGGCGGCUUAAGGAACUUGUCUUCCAGUCUGAGGAGGACCAGAAGAACCAGCAGAGAAUGCAGGAGCUGGUGGAGAGACUGCAGAACAAGAUGAGGGCCUACAAGAGACAAGUGGAAGAGGCUGAGGAGCAAGCCAACAUGAACUUGGCCAAAUACAGGAAGACGGUCCAUGAACUGGAUGACGCUGAGGAACGAGCUGACAUCGCCGAGUCGGCACUAACUAAGAUAAGGACCAAGAAGAGAGGCAGCUUCAGCAAGGGAUACUCCUCUGGUUACAGUACGCCGCAUCCCGGUCUGGUGCGGUCGGCGAGCUCCGUGGGCUCAGAGGGCCGAGGCGAGAAGAUGCUCAACGACGACGGCGAGUCCGUCAGCUCGCUCAUUCCGGCUUAUCUCAACUCUCUCAAGAAGCUGAUGAUUGACUAGAAAAGUUGAGUUUUCUACGUUCAAAGCAGUAGAAAGUCUUGAGAGAGACGUGGGACUGAAAUUGUGUUUUUACUCCACCUUCACGUGAUGAACAAAACCCCGGCGUCGAGUUGCGCUCUCAUUAUUUUGUCAUGAACAACACGUUUGUUUUUUUUUUAAGCUACACAUCAUCUUAUCCUGUACCUCCUAUAUGUGUUCAUCGUGGCAUUGAAUCGUGUUUCAACAAAUGAAAUCUUCUGCCUUAUUUCCUCAUAUGGUGGACUUUGAUUUAAUACAGUGUGUUGUCCUCUUCACAUCAAUAACUAAACAAGAUAUAAUAAAAUGCCCUGUCUGUAUUUGAGUUAAAUUAAGAUGCACUUUAUACGUCAGUUGUAGACCAUUUAUCAGCAAGGAUUAUUUUGGUUUUAACAUUCAAAGAAAGUAUCAUAACAUUAAUUCAGAAGUGAAUUUGUCGUGUUGAAUAUAUAUAUAUAUAUAUAUAUAUAUAUAUAUAUAAAAAGGAGCCAACCUGACAGGUGGUCAAUGAAUUAUUCAUUUAAAACUAUUAGCUGGGUACAAAGUGCUAUUUUAUUGUUCACUGAUUUACAUGCAAUUUGCAUUUCCAUUAAUUAUUUUUUUUGUAAACAUUGCAUGUGCAUGCACAGCUAUACUAUUUUGAUCAACAAUGCAGUCUAUCCAUAAAAAAAACAUCUGUCAUGGGACUCACGCAUCACUCAAGGCUAACAAAUAAAUUGCGCUUCUUGUAAAAUUUGAUAUACAGGUGCCACUCACGUGGGCAGCUAUCUUAUAUAAAACUAUUGAAUACCAUUUUGUAUUUUACUUUUAAGCACAUCCUAUUACUGCCCUUGACUGUAACAAAGCUUGAGCAAACCAUUUUAUUUUUUGAAUGUAAAAUGUUGUUUUUGAAAAUAAAAAGAUGUUCUUUGAGUUGUUAA